GCAUGAGGUUGUGGUCUGUUUAAAAUAGACAAGAAAAGAGAAAAUGCGCGCGAGCACAGCCGUAGUACAGUCUGUGAUGUUACAUGGUGCCUUGUCUGCAAAAGGCUGUUUUUGUUCAAGCGUGUUUUUUCUAUUACUCCAGCUGUUACCAUAAAUGUUUACGAAUAUCCGCAAAACAAACUAACAAACUACUGGAGGGACGUGCUACAGUGGCCCUGAAAAGUGUCAAAUAAAUGAGCUGACAUUCAGUCAUGGCUGAGGAACCAGCAGCAGAAAUCCAGCUACUCAGAAGUCAGAAGGUCAAGCUAAUAGAAAUUCUAAGUGCAGAUGCCGACUUCGUCCUGCAGCAUGCAGACUCUCGCUUUCUGCUGUCUCCUCACGGGUACCAGCAGGUGAAAGCUUGCCGUAUUCCUAGUGAGAAGGUGACAGACCUGCUGGAUUGUAUCAUCCAGAGAGGGCCUGAAGCAGCACAGGGUCUGCUGGAACUACUGAACGACCAGGCCGUGCAGGAAACCUUCCCAGGGCUUCGCUUCCUCAACGAACUGCAAGUCAACACACUGUCUUCAGAAAAAAUAGAAAUGUCAAGAAAGAGAAAAAUAGCUCCUGAUUUACAAGAGACCAUUUCAUCCAAACAGACCUGCAACAAUGGCUCUGGAUUAGUUAAAGAGAAGCAGCUGAUGACCGUGGCUUGUACCAUUGGCAAAUCUUGGAGGGAGAUUGGCAGACUGGCUCUUGACAUCCCCUCUGUGAAGCUGGAAGAGAUUGAAGAGGACCAUUCACUCCACAAGGAGCGAGUAUUUGCCAUGCUGCGCUACUGGCGUACCAGCCAGAGGGACAAAGCCACUGCUGCUCACCUGCACUCCCUGCUCAGUCAGAAAGACUGGGCGCUGCCACUUGAAAGCAUUGACUUUCUGUUGGAGACUGACUGACUCUUUCACUGUCGGGUACUUACUGAGACUGAAAGCCUUUUCGAAGGGUAUUUCCACUGGAAAUAAAACAACACUUGAAGACUUUACUAUUAUGGAAUUACCCCACAGUACCAUUUACUACCACUUAGGCCUCUUGUUCAAAGUCAAUGAUCAACUUAUACUACUUUUAUAUGACCUUUUUAUAUUACAAGAAUAUUAAAAAAAGUUUAGUUUUAUGAAAUUUCUUUGAAAGAUGUGUUUUUAUUUUCUGUUGAUAGUGUCUGUGGUAUUGAUUUUUUACGGAGAAAUUAUGAAAAUUACUGAGCAGUGCAUAUUUCAUUUUAAUGUAAAUACACUGGGGCAUUUUAAGAGUAGGGUGAAAUCAUUGGUCCAUAUUCUUAUGUUUUCACAUUUUGCUCAACAUUUAAUAAAUGUUCAGCUUGUUGGGAGAAAAUGUAAUUAUCUCUGAAAGUGUAAAAGAUGAACAGUUAUGCUAACAUGUUCCAUAUUGAUCGACAUAUCUUGGUCUUUUAGAUUAAAUGUACCUCACAUCUCGGUCUGAUGAGAUAGUGACUCUUGACGUCAUGUAAAGGAGGGCAGGCAAGCAAUGCCCAUGUUCCACAACCACUGAAUAAACUCAUCAUACCACA